AAACGAGGUUAUAUAAUGGCUUCUCUGAUAUCACGUUUUCUUGUACAUGUAAACACUCGAACUAAUUUUUUAGUGCAAAGUAAGAAAAUUUACCAUUUUAACUGGAUUUGUCGACGCUAUUUGUUACAACAACACCAACACGAGCUUACCAUGGUUCAAAAGGGGAAAGAUUUAAAAUCUUCUAGGACAGUUUCAAAAUUAAAGACGGAUAUUAGCAUUGAUAAUGACGGAAAGGAAAAAGACGUUCCACGAAGAAGACCAAGAACAAGAUCCCAAUCUGAAGCUGAAUUGGCAAAUGAGGUAAAAGAAGAAACAGAUUUAAGUGAAGGAGAUUUUUCAAAUUUUAAGAUAUCAAAGAAAACAGUUAAAAAGCUACUAGCCAAUGGUGUUAAAGAGCUUUUUCCUGUUCAAUAUAAAACCUACAAUGAAAUUCAGGAAGGAUUGGACUUGAUCGUACAAGCAAGAACGGGGACUGGAAAGACUUUAGCUUUUUGUUUACCAGUAUUGGAAAUAAUUCGAAAGGAUGAGGACAAUGUUUGUAAUGGUAAACAAAGGGCACCUGUUGUGUUGACUUUAGCACCAACAAGAGAAUUAGCUAUCCAGAUUUACAAAGAAGUGGAAAAAUAUAAGUCAAAAAAGAUGAAUGCAUCAUGUUUCUAUGGUGGCUCCUCCUAUGACAAGCAAGAAAGCGAACUAUGGAAUGGCAUCGAUGUGCUUGUUGGUACACCAGGCCGUAUUUUAGAUUAUAUAAGAAAAGGCGCAUUAAAUGUGUCAAAAUUAAGGCAUGUGAUAUUAGACGAAGCUGAUCGUAUGAUGGAUAUGGGUUUUCAAGAGUCUCUUGACGAAAUACUUUCUCAAGCAUACACAAAAGACAAUAAACCACAAACACUUUUGUUUUCGGCCACUGUUCCGCCCUGGGUGCGAAGUACGUCUAAAAAGUACAUGAGUAAGAAUAUGAAGGUGAUCGAUCUUGUUGGUACAGACAUCAAUAGAGGAUCAACUACUGUUGAGCAUAAUGCAAUAAAAUGUUCAUACUGGGAACGGCCAGCCACAAUAAAAGAUAUUAUACAAGUGCAUGGUGGGAAAUUUGGAAAGACUAUCAUAUUCACCUCAACAAAACAAGAAGCCAAUGAGCUUGCGUUAAGCUCUGUCAUUAACAUGGAUUCACAAGUUUUACAUGGAGACAUUCAACAAAAACAAAGAGAAAUCACUUUACAGGGUUUUCGAAAUGGUAAAUUUAACUGCCUUAUUGCCACUGAUGUUGCAGCACGUGGACUUGAUAUUCCAGAAGUAGACUUAGUUAUCCAGACUGAGCCUCCGAAGGACGUGGAAUCUUACAUACAUCGUGCAGGUCGAACUGGUCGUGCUGGAAGAACAGGGAAAUGUGUUAUCUUUUUUAAACAAGGCCAAGAAUAUGGCGUUCAAGCCGUGGAGAGAAAAGCUGGUAUAACAUUCACACGUAUAGGUGCACCUCAACAAGCAGACAUCAUCAGCUCGUCAGCAUCUGAUGCAGUCAGAUCAUUGGAUGAGGUAAAAGAUGACGUCAUUAAAUAUUUCUUACCUUCCGCCCAAACUCUUAUAGAAGAACGGGGCGCAGAGAAUGCUCUCGCUGCUGCACUGGCGUUUAUAUCUGGCACAACAGAAAUUGUCAAUCGUUCAAUGCUGACUUCACAAGCUGGCUACACUACUUACUUGAUGAAGCAAAAUUGGGAGUUGCGUGGAAGUGGAUUGAUCUGGAGUAUAUUGAAACGUCAUUUCGAUCAAGAAUUUACGGAUAGUAUACGUGGGAUGAGAAUAUGCAAGGAUAAACUGGGAUGUGUGUUCGAUGUACCAACAGCAAAUGUGAAAGUGAUUGAGGAGUGUUGGAAGGGCGAUAAGUUUGCCACGCUGGAACAAAUUACAGAACUACCUGAACUUGCUGAAGGUGUUGCAUCGAAUAGCUUCGGCGGAAGUAACAGUGGAUUCGGCAACCGGAGCAAUAGUUUUAAUCGGAACAAUAAUUUCGGAAACCGCGGUAACAACUUCGGAAACCGUAAUAACAGUUUCAAUAAUAAUAAUAGUUUUAACGGCAACCGAGGUUUUCAGAGGACUGGUACAGAUAGUAGAAAACGGCCAUAUAAUCGCGACAAUAAUGAUUCUUCGAAAAGACAAAGGAAUUUUUAAUAUUUGUUUUUUUGGUGUAUGUCACGCUUGGACUAAUUUAUGUUCGACUAUAAACUAAUAUGGAGGUGUCAUGAUACAA